CCUUCCCCUUUGGCUGGCACCGAUUCCGCCAUGGCCCAUGAGGCAAUGAGUGGUCACCGGCGGCGGCGGCGGCGGCUGCGAGGCGAUUUCCGCUGCACUGCUUUUUAUUGCUGUCAUUUUACCUGGACGCGAAGCUCACUCACCCAACUCCGGAGCGUCGUCUUUGGUCUACAGUUCGAACCUGGGAAAGACGGAUCGUGCAAAAAUGGGGUCGAUGGACGAGAAAGGAGCGAGAUCACGACACCCCUCCCCUCCCCCCUCCAGUCCUCCACUCAUUUUCUUCUGGAAGUGCUGUUAUUCUUCUGGAGAAAAUACUGUUUUUUUUUUUGCGGGGUGGAGUAAAUACUGUUAUUCUUCUGGAAGUGCUGUUAGACACGCUGUAGAUCAGCACACAAUAUUUGAGCAUGGUAAUUGCUAACCACGCCCUUGUGAUGCAGAUUACAACAGUUUCACAAUUGUGGAAAAUGAAUGAAGAUUGCGAUCUUUAUUGCACAGGCGCAGCUGGUUCAUUCGUCUUGUGGAAAUAUGUUGGGGGUUGAUAAGUCAACAGUCAGUCCCCGGUCAAAACUCACUACUCAGCCAUCUUCCAUGCUUUACUGGCAAUUGGAAAAUUGCUUUCAUGGAAUCUUCAAAGCUGGCAACCCUGUAUGUUCAUGGUCUGUGGAGCUAUUUGCUGGACAAAAAGUUCAUACCAUCUUGCCACGAUUACAACAAGUAUCCUGCUUACCCUGCUCACCCCUUGAUUCAUUACUUCGAGAAACUCAGAGUUUAUGCUUGGAGAAAGCCAUGUUGGUGGAAAUAAGCUACUUGAAGAAGUGCGCAGUUGUUCUGCUGAUUCCAUCUGUGUUAGCAAUAAGAUGUUUCUCAGCUACCACGCCAAGAGACACCAUCGCGUUCAAUGAAUCCAUUUCUGAUGGGCAGAAUCUUGUUUCCAGUAACAAGAAAUUUGUGCUUGGAUUCUUUAGCCCCGGAGCUUCAAGCCACCGAUAUAUUGGUGUAUGGUAUAACAGUGUUCCAAGAGGAACGGCUGUAUGGAUUGCUAACAGGAAUGAUCCAGUACAGGAUAAGUCGGGCGUACUUAAGUUUGAUGAAGUCGGUAAUCUGAUAGUCAAAAAUGGCACAGGCAGCUCGUUUAUAGUUGCUUCUGAGAUGGGAGUGAGGGACAGGGAGGCUGCAAUACUGGACACUGGCAACUUUGUGCUAAGGAGCAUGACCGACCGUUCAAAAAUCAUAUGGGAGAGCUUUGCCUCUCCUACUGAUACAUGGCUUCCAGGAAUGAAUAUUACACUUGGAAAUUUGCUGAAAUCAUGGAAGAGCUAUGAUGACCCAGCAACAGGAGAUUACACUUUUGGUUUUGGACCGAGCAUAGCUAAUGCGUCAGCAUCACAAUUCAUUAUUAUGUGGAAUCGGAUUUCAUUUUGGACAAGUGAAUCCUGGAAUGGUGACACGAAUUCUCUCAUUCCAGUACUGAAAUCUAUGGGUAUCAUCCCUGUUUCAUUUCAGUGUGACAACCUUACAUGCAUGUACACUCCCAACCCUGCUGACAUAAUGACUAAGAUUGUUUUGGAUCAAAGUGGUUCACUGAACAUAACACAGUUCAAUUCGGAAGCCAAAUUGUGGACAUUGUUAUGGAGACAUCCAGAUAGUUGUGAUGUGUCUAAUUUAUGUGGAGUUAAUGGUGUAUGCAACAGCAGCGUAUCCGUAUCAACAUCAGAAUCCAUUUGUAAGUGUCCAGAAGGAUUUGCACCACAAGAACAAUCAAAUUCCAGGAAAGGGUGCACUAGAAAAACCCCACUGCAGUGUAAUGGUGAUAGAUUUAUUGAUAUGCUUAAUAUGACAUUUCCUGACAACAGACAGAAGCUGUCAGUUGUGGAAAAAAGUGAAUGUGAAUUUGCCUGUAUGGAAAAUUGCUCUUGUACGGCAUAUGCUCAUUCGCUCUCCGAUGGUUGCAGCUUAUGGCAUGGCAAUCUAACACACUUGCAGAAUGGAGUUGAAACUCUUCAUCUUCGUGUAGCUGCAUCAGAAUCACAUGGUCACAAAAUGCUUUGGAUAGCGUAUGUACUUCCGCCAGUUGCAUUCCUUGUCUUUUGUCUCAUCUCUUUUAUUUGGAUUAGGAGAUGGAAAAAUAAAGGGAAAGGAAAACAGCAUGAUCACCCCCUCGUCAUGGCUUCAGAUGUAAUGAAACUUUGGGAGAGCGAAGACACAGGCUCUCACUUUAUGAUGCUUUCUUUUUCACAGAUAGAAAAUGCCACAGACAACUUCUCAACUAAAAACAAGCUUGGAGAAGGAGGGUUUGGCCCUGUGUACAAGGGAAACUUACCAAAUGGACAAGAUGUUGCUGUUAAGAGACUUGCAGCGAAUUCAGGGCAAGGACUACCAGAGUUUAAGAAUGAAAUCUUAUUAAUAGCCAAGCUUCAACACAGCAAUUUAGUUGGACUCUUAGGUUGCUGCAUUGACGGGGAAGAAAUGUUACUAAUCUAUGAGUAUAUGCCAAACAAAAGCUUGGAUUUCUUCCUAUUUGAACAAUCGAGAAGGGCUUUUUUAGUCUGGGCAAUGCGUCUUAACAUAAUUGAAGGGAUUGCACAAGGUCUUAUUUAUCUCCACAAGCAUUCUCGGCUGAGAAUUAUUCACAGGGACCUGAAGCCAAGCAAUAUUCUGCUGGACACUGAUAUGAACCCUAAGAUCUCGGACUUCGGAAUGGCAAGAAUAUUUGAUCCUAAAGGAGGACUAGCUAACACGAAAAGAGUCGUUGGAACAUAUGGCUACAUGGCCCCCGAAUAUGCUAUGGCAGGUAUUUUCUCUGUCAAGUCCGAUGUAUUUAGCUACGGGGUACUGCUUCUGGAGAUCAUCAGUGGACUAAGAAAUGCAGCAGCUCGUGGACAUGGCAACUCCCUAAACCUCCUUGGUCACGCAUGGGAGCUGUGGAAAGAAGGCAGAUGGCGCGAGCUCAUUGAUAAAUCGUUGCACGAUGCAUGUCCUGAGAAUAUGGUGCUACGAUGCAUUCACGUCGGCCUGUUGUGCGUUCAGGAGAAUGCUGCUGAUCGGCCCUCCAUGGCCGAAGUCAUUUCUAUGAUUACUAACGAAAAUGCCACCUUGCCGGCCGCAAAACAACCUGGUUUCGUAUCCAUGUUGCUUCCAACUGAAGCUGAUGUCCCUGAAGGAAGCUGCUCUCUGAAUGAUUUGUCAAUUACUCGCCUGGAUGGUAGGUAGUACUACUAUCGAGUAUCCAUUAGAUAAAGAGUGUUACUGUUGCUUGUGAAUAUAUGUUCAGACAACAGAGUAUCAUGUUAUCACAUGAUAUUAACUAGACUGUGACACGCGCUUUGCCACGUCGUUCUUCGGUUGUGAGUUAAGUCUCGUCUAUUUAUUUUCUACAUGGUUUUAUUA